AUAGGACCAACGACUUUAUAAAGAAAGUCACAUUGUUUCUCGAUUCCAUUCCACAAGUGAUUUGACGUGGCAGAGUGAUUUGAUGUUCACAGUUGCCUAAUUCUUGGUUUCAGUUUGCAUUCACGAUUUGAAAAUGCACAAAUCAUCGCGCCAACUCAAAUGUGGAGAUUUGAUCGAAAUAUUCCGAGUUGGGUAUCAACACUGGGCUAUCUAUGUUGGAGGUGGAUAUGUCAUUCACUUAACUGGAGAUGGAGGAUCAAGUUCAAUGGCAAUUGGAUUGUCCAGUUCUACGGAAUGUGCUGUGGUUAAAAAGCAACUUCUCUCUGAGGUUGCUGGAAAUUACAAGUACCGUGUCAACAAUAGUUCUGACAAGAAAAGGGUCCCAUUACCUGUUGACCAGAUAAUAAAAAACGCUGGAGCAAAGAUUGGAAAGAGAAUGAAAUACAAAAUAACAGCAGCAAACUGUGAACACUUUGUUAAUGAGCUUCGAUACGGUAAAAAAAUAUCAUAUCAGGCUGCUGCUGCUGCUCGUGGUGUGGCUGCAGGUGUUGGUACCGCUCUUCUAGGUGCUGCUCUAGUUCCGUCUGCUCCUUUCGCUGUUCUUCUUGCUGCUGGUGUGACUGCAGGUUUUGCUGUUAAUGCACUUAAAAAUCUUUUAUGAUUUAUAAAGUCACUGGCUGAUAAGUAAUUGUGUGAAUUGAGCUGGUUCAGUAACUCUGUUGUGUUACACUCCUUAAAA